CUUUUCGGCCGCUCUGGGGCUGCCUUGGGGGCAGCCGGAUGGCUGGGGAUAUCACCUACGCUGACCUGCGCUUUGCAAGAAGCCCUCCAGAGAAGAGCCAUGGGGAAGAGCCCAAUGAGGGGGAGCUCACCUAUGAGAACCUCCAGGUACCCCUUGGCCUGGAGAAAGAGGCGGCAGAGGGUGGCACCCUGAAGAAUACCCCAGAACUGCCCUGCUGGGCCACCUCCUGUCAUCGCUGGAGACCAGUGACAAACCGCCCAAUGCUGGGAGCCCUGGCCCUCUGCCUCUUCCUUCUGGCCACCAACAUCACGCUUGGCGUCCAGUACAUGCAGGCCUCCCGGCAGCUCCAGCAAGCAUCUCGCGACCACGCGGCCAAGAGCCUCUUCCUGGGAGAAAGAACCCAGCACCUACAAGCCAGCCUGGAGAAGAGCCAGCACCGGCUGCGCCUGACCGAGCAGGAGCUCAACUCCACCCAGAAGGAGCUCAACUCCACCCAGAAGGAACUCAACUCCACCAAGAAGGAACUCAACUCCACCAAGAAAGAGCUCAAUUCCACCACGGAGGCCCUUUGGCAGAGCCAGGCGGCCAAGAACCAGACUUGGCGGCAGCUGCAGCACCAGGAACUCCUGCUGGGCCAGGCCAACCACAGCCUGGCUCUCCUGCAGAGGGAGCGGGCCAGCCUGAAGAUCAACCUCAGCCAGGCCUCCUCCUGCCGGAAGAUUGGGUGCUGCCCCGACGGAUGGACACUGUUCCGCUGGAAGUGCCUGUGGGUGUCGGAAGAUCAGAUAUCGUGGUGGAAGAGCAAGGAGGCCUGUGACAAGGAGUCUUCGCGGCUGCUGGUCCUCCCGGAGCCCUGGUCAGUGCGAGAGCUCUGGGAGGCCAUAGUCUCAACGGAGCAGCACCAACUUAUGCUUAGAAUGUAUGAGAAGAAUUUUGCCUCUUCAAACCCUGUGGUGUUCACGUUUGUCAAGAUCCAUCUGGAUCUUCAGCCUAUCAUUUAG